UCCAACGAAAUCCACCAUCCCAGAAUUCAAGCCCUCCCACAAUCGAAUCCGCUGGGAUCUCGGUGGCGUGUGAUUGGUCGGGGAUGCGGCAACAGGGGGCGAGAACAAUAGCAUCACCCCGGCAUAAAAAGAGUGGAGCUAUGCCUUGGAGACGAAAACAUUUCAGCAACAGAAGGAUCGAUAGAAUUGAAAGAUAAAGUCCGAUACUGCUUCCUGUUGGUGCCAUCAUUUCAACAAACCUGGAUACUCGAGACCUCUUCCACCGCUCCAAAGUGCCUUGCAAUCAUCAUUCGCAAAGAUGCCCAAAGGAUUUCUAGUGAAAAGAAACAGAAAAUCCGCACAUGUUUCGUAUAGGACUCGUUCGGAAGAAGAUGACCUACAGGACCACCCCCACCCGGCCGCCUUUCCCAGCAUCCACGGGGCGGACUCUUUCCUGCCCGUGUCCGUCGUGGCGUCCCUCCCUUACCGCGCGGCACCGUCGCCGGACCUCGCCGCGGACGCGCCGGUCCCCAGGCUGGAGAAGCCGGGGCAAUUCGGCAACCCCGAGGCGGUGUACCAGGCGCUCUACAGCCCCACCCGCCCCGUGAGCAAGGAACACGAGCGGGGAUAUUUCGAGAGAAGUUUCAACCUUGGCUCGCCUAUUUCUGCCGAGUCAUUCCCCACGCCCGCCUCCCUCUCCAACAUAGACCACGUCCUUUUCGCCCCCGUGGAUCUGAAGAUCGGCACCAGCAACAGCAACCGCAGCGGCACCACCAGCAGCAGCACCGGCAGCAGCAUCAGCACCACCACCAGCAGCACAAUCCCGGCAGUCCCCUCAGUCCCCACCGCCCGGGCAGCCACCAAGAGACCCGCGAGUGACCACGCAGAACGCAAAGCGAAACCGUCCUCCAAGAAACCCAAAGCCAUCCGCAAGCUCAACUUUGAAGACGAAAUGACAACUUCGCCGGUGCUCGGUCUCAAAAUCAAAGAGGGGCCACUGGAGACGAAACCGCGCUCUCAAUCAGCGGGAGGGAAUAAGCCUUUAGGGGAGUUCGUCUGUCAGCUGUGUAAGGAGGCGUAUGCGGACCCCUUCUCCUUAGCCCAGCACAAGUGCUCCCGCAUCGUGAGGGUCGAGUACAGGUGUCCCGAGUGCGACAAGAUGUUCAGCUGCCCGGCGAACCUCGCUUCGCACCGUCGCUGGCACAAACCCCGGGCCAGCGCAGCCGGGCUGCCGCCUCCGCACAGCGUCAAGUCUGAAAUCGCCAAAAUGCCCUGCAGCGUGAAGCCCGUCCACCAAGAGGAAGCCAAAGACAUGCGACACGCCGAACUACUGAGUGACAGGGACACCCCGAGCCCAGGCCUGUCCGAAUCGGGAUCUGAAGAUGGUUUAUUCGACUGCAACGUCUGCGGCAAGAGGUUCAAACGUCAAGCAUACCUAAGAAAACACACCUUGGCCCACCAGGCCAUGCAGAAGAAACUGUACGAGGAGCAGCAGCAGCAGUUGCAGUUACAGCAGCAGCAGUUGCAGCAGCAGCAGCAGGGAUUUCAAAACAACGACCGCGUGCUGGUGGCAGACCAGGCGCCCGAAUCAUCCUCCUCAGCAUCCUCUUCCUCCUCCUCCUCUUCCUCCUCCUCAUCAUCAUCCUCAGAGGAAACCGCGAACCAAAGUCCCCUUAAUUUGAGCCCCGUGGACUGCCUACUGUGCCCCGUGUGCGGGGAGAAUUUCACCAACAGGGCUAGCCAGGAGAGACACUUGCGUCUCAUGCACUCCUCCCAGGUUUACCCCUGCAAGUAUUGCCCCGCCACGUUCUACAGCUCGCCGGGACUCACCAGGCACAUAAAUAAGUGCCACCCGUCUGAGAACAGGCAGGUCAUCCUGCUCCAAAUGCCCGUGCGACCCGCCUGCUAAAUGAGAAGACAACCUUCGUGCCUUUGACGGGGAAAAAAGAAAUGUGUCUUUGGAUGAAAGAAUUGUUUUUUUGUGAGAACAUUGCCAUAGUACUACUGUAGGCCCGCGAGGAGGCAGGGCAACUUGAUGUUUAAAUGGUGUUUCAUGAGGUGUCUUUUUCAUGCCAAUCAGUGAUUGUUGAACGCUUCUCUAUAUCUUGAGUAACAUAUAGGUCUAUUUUGAGAUUUUUUUCCUCAAAUUAGUUUAUCAAAAGAAUACAAAGGGUUAGUUUGACUGUUAAAAGGGUAUUUUUCUAGACGGCACACGUGCUAACUAUAGCUUAUAGACCUAAGAAACGUUUUAAAAGUCCCGCCAUCCUUCUUUUCAUCCAAGCCUUUGAAGUCACCGACCGUGAUCGUAGCUUUACGCUAGUGUGUGAACGACAAAACCUAUCAAUUUUGUCUUAAGAAAAAGAAACCGAAGCAUUCCCUUCUAGUAGAACCACAAAUGCCUUUAGAAUACAAACAAGCCUAGUCUGAAUAGUUCACAUCCACAUCCAAAUUCCGCUGUAUAACUGCCUUAAAAAGUCAACAUCGAUUUUGUUAUUUUGUUUUAUUUUGAAUGCUGGCACAUAUUUUAUUAUUGAAGAUUGUUGCAAUAUUUUUCAUCCUAAUUUUAUUUAUUUAUUUAUUCUAAUUAUUUUAUGUAACUUAUUGUUGUGUCGUGUGAUUAUUUUGUGAAUCGUUCUGGCAGUUUACAUGUCGUAGCCAAAUGUGUUGUCCAAUUUAUGAGUUGUGAUAAUUGUCGUGGGUCGAUUUUAAUCUUCAAUCUCCACAGCUCUUGUAAAACGUAAAGCUCUUAUCUUAGAUGCAAUCUUUUUUAAGGACGCGUUAUUUUCAUAAAUGUUGGCUUUUAUAGCGCUUUGAUUGUAUGUGUAUAUCGUUGUUGUCUAUUAAAAUAAAAAUAUUUUCAAAGGA